GGGUUGCUCACUUUCCAGUUGGCCCUUGGCGUGAAGUGUGCGCAAAGCGUUCUGAGUGCCGAGCUCUGCGGGUCGCGUCUGGGUUCUUUCUACCUGGUUGAGACUCGCCAGUGUGAAAUAUGAGUGCACGAGUAAGAUCAAGAUCUAGAGGAAGGGGAGAUGGUCAAGAAUCGUCUGAUACUGCUGAAACUGUGGCUGCCCGGAAACUAGGUGGCAAAAAAUCUCAGCGCAAGGAACCACCAGCUAAGAAUGUAGACGUGGAACCUGGACAGGAGAAAGAAGGAGGAGCGUCUGUGGUUCAAGAACCUGAAUUGGAAGGUUCCCGCCAGGAACUGGAUGUGGAAAAGGUUGAGGGUGAGCUUGGAGAUGGCCCUGAUGUGAAAGGGAAGAUUCCACCUAAUGUAGUGCCUGCUAAAAUUCCGGAAGGAGGUGAUGGACAGUGAGAAGUUAAAAAGAAGACAAGCUGAAGCCAUGCAUAUUGUUACGUUGAUUAUUUGGCUUAAUCAGUUCUCUCAAUAAAAAUCUGCAGCUUCAUGGAAA